AAAACAUAUUAAAAGCUGUGGUUAUCAAGUUAGCUUGAGAAAUACUUGUUCCUGCUUUGUCUUCUUAAGUGAAGGACUGCAUCAUCUCGCUUCUUUGGUUCUCACAACUCCUCUCUUCAGACAUUUAUUUCCACUUCUCCCAUCUCGCCAUUCAACUUGGAUUUACAGCAAUAAGAAUUCAGCCCCGAAGCUAGAAACAAACCAACACAAGAAGACUUAGACGCAAGUUAUAGCAUUUGGCACUAUGGGUUCCGUAAUGCAAGAAGAAAAGCCUAAGAUGACCCGGGUCUUAGCCCUCCACGGCUACGGCACCAGCGGUGAAAUCUUUCGAUCACAGACAGCCGCAUUCCGCUUCAAACUCCCCAAAGAAACAUAUACCUUCACCUUCCCCAACGCACCCCUGCCUUCGGCCCCGACCGUCGGCGUGGACAGCAUUUGGAACCAAGUCCCCAAAUUCUACGGCUGGUGGCCGGUCCAAUCCUCCAACAUCUCUGAGAUCCGGACCUCGCACGACCAUCUGGAAGAACUUCUUUCUUCCGAAGAAGGUCCCUUCGACCUAGUCAUGGGUUUCUCCCAGGGCUGCACCUUGCUCAUGUCCUACAUCCUCUACCGCUACCAGGAACACAAGCUGACCCGACCAGCUGGUGAGAAAUUCGAGUUGCCCUUCAAGGGGGCCAUGUUCAUCUGCGGGGGCCCUAGCCUCCAUGUCCUGCAAGACCUGGGAGUGGACGUGACGGAAAAGGCGUGGAAGGUGCACAAUGCCACUGCUGCCUUGCUUCACAAGCGUACGGAGCAAUUGAAGUUCAAGGCGGAUAAUCCUGAUACAAUUAAACGCGGGGAGGGGCUGUGGGAUGAGGUCGGGGACUUGAUGCAUGAUCCGACUUCGAAGAAGGAGGUAGAUCCGGAAGAUGUGUUUGGGUUGGAUUUUACCGACGAAAGAAUGCGGAUGGCGGUGGGGAAUCUGGGAGAGAUCGUGCCGACUGUGCAUGUGUAUGGUGGAAAGGAUCCUAGGUGGCCGGCCAGUGUCCAGCUGGCGCAGAUGUUUGAGGGCGGGAUGAACGAGAGGUUUGAUCAUGGGGGCGGACAUGAGUUGCCGAGGACGACGGAGUGUUCGAUGAGGAUGGCGGAAUUGAUGGAGAAGUUGAGGAGGAAGGUUGAUGGGUUGGAGAGGGAGGAGCAGUAGAGAGG